GUUGCUUUCUAAAAGGCUGAAUCUUACUGCAACAACUGUUCACUUAACAGCAGUCUCAUUUCUUGGUCAGUACAUUAAAUUACAUAAUGCUUUCCUCAUACUUUUUGAACUGUUACCCUGUGAACAUAGCUGACGUUUAAGGUCUUACUCCCCUGAUAUUCCAUGGCUCCCGCCCUGUGCAAAUAAAACAUACAUUUUUUUAAAAAGGUCCAAACAAAAGCCUGCAUUGACGUAAUAAGUCCAACCCAAUCCUGUCAUGGUGAUAAGGUGGUGGCGAGCAUGGAGCUGAUACUAAGUAAAAGAUAAGGAGGGAGUCAACUGGAGCCCUGAUUACCUCAGUCAAUAAAACCCACUGUGUGAGAAGCUCAUGUGCAUUGUGACUUAAUCACCAAAUCCUGCCUGGACCAACAAUCUGUCCGCUUCAACAACUGCUUUUGGCUUUUAACCUCUACAGAUCUAAAAAGUGUACAACCAGCCUCUUCCCCUGCAACUGCUCAACACUUCAUCACAAUGCCUCAUCGCAACUGCUCUGUUGAGAUUAACAACAGUUCUGGCAGCUACACUCUGGCCAACCCAAGGGUUUUCAUUGAGAGCGGCUGCUGUGAGGUCCCUCUGCCACCCAUGCUAGGUCCCUGCUCUGCUGCUAGCGCACUGUUCAACAAGACCACAGGUGCUGCCACUGGAGCCAUUGGCGUCUUCACCUACGACCUUUUCAAUGCCGACCUGAAUGAUUACAGCCAUGUCAUGGCUGUCAUGUUCUCUGUGCCCUACGAUCGAAACCUGUAUUCCAACUGGUUUGCUGUGGGGAUCUUUGACAGAGGAAACAACUGUGACUACAGUCUUUAUGAUAUUAUGUAUAAUGGAAGUGAAAGCAAUUUUGUGAGAACAAAGGCUGAUGGGUCUUGCAUCUCCUAUGAAGGUGAUUAUGUUAUUGUUAGUGCCUCCAUGUCAGACUCAGGUGAAGCAGUUCUGAGGGUGGAUGUCAAUGACACUGUCAUGUAUUAAUUGUAAAGAAGAAGGAUAGAGAUAAUCACAGAAAUUUUACUUACGUUUUCACGAUUUCAUAUGUGUGACGCUUAAUCGACUUACAAAGUUGGCGACUAGCUGAAAUGGUGAUCAUGAAUGCACAUGAUUAUACAAUAAAUACUGCUUAGCUCACAAAACAUCUGACUGUCUAUGUUUAUUUAAUCAUAUUUCGCACAGUUGUCUCUGUUUUCAUUGUAGUGCCUUGUUUGUCUCCCAGUAGCCUGUUUUUGUAAUGGCACACCUACCCUAAACACGUUUGUGCACCUUAGUGGCUGCUGGCUUUCUCCAUCAGUCAUG